UUUUCUGUUUAGCUGGAAGGGGAACGCGGGGUAGGAGGGUCUCAAUCUCACACAGACAAAUUAGCAACAGUCAGCAGAGAGUCCUUGUUGACUGCUCAUUUAUUCCAUCGUUGAAACCAGACCAACUAAAAAGCUUCCAACAUGGCGGACGAUGAGAAAAAGAAGUUGGAGGAGGAAAAGAAGAGGAAACAGGCCGAAAUUGAACGCAAAAGGGCCGAGGUCAGGGCUCGUAUGGAAGAGGCCUCAAAAGCCAAGAAGGCCAAGAAAGGUUUCAUGACCCCUGAAAGGAAGAAGAAACUUAGGUUACUGUUGAGAAAGAAAGCUGCCGAGGAAUUGAAGAAAGAACAAGAACGUAAAGCUGCUGAAAGGAGACGUAUCAUCGAAGAAAGAUGCGGUAAACCCAAACUUAUCGAUGAAGCAAAUGAAGAACAAAUUAGAAGCUUUUGCAAAACAUAUCAUGACAGAAUAUGCAAGCUAGAAGAUCAAAAAUUUGAUUUGGAAUAUCUGGUCAAAAAGAAAGAUAUGGAGAUCUCCGAAUUGAACAGCCAAGUCAACGACCUUAGAGGAAAAUUUGUAAAACCAACUUUGAAAAAGGUAUCCAAAUAUGAAAACAAAUUCGCCAAACUUCAAAAGAAGGCUGCCGAAUUCAACUUCCGUAACCAACUUAAAGUUGUUAAGAAGAAGGAAUUUACCUUAGAAGAAGAAGACAAAGAAAAGAAACCUGAUUGGUCUAAGAAAGGAGACGAAAAGAAGGAAGGUGAAGAAGAAGUUCCACCAACAGAAGCCCAGCCCGCUACAGAAGAAACAUCGGCAGAAGGUGCUCCUAGUGCUGAAGGUGAACCUGCAGCAGAUGGAACACAAAUACCAGCAGAAGAACAACCUGCUGAAGGACAGUCUUCAGAAGGAGCACCAUCUCCGGAAGGUGCACCUCCAGCACAAGAUCAACCGACUGAAGGUGAAACAGGUCCACCACCUGAACCUGAGAAAGAGAAAACACCAGAACCGCCACCAGAAUCAGGAUUCGAAACGUUCAAGAAAUUAGUCAUAAACGAAGGCUACGACAUAAUCACAUUACCAGAAACAAUAUUAGCACCGACGGAAGAUAAAGAAGCAAUAUCUAUACCCAAUUAUUCCUUGGUAGAAAACCGUAGAGGCAGUGGAGAUGGUGUCAUUAUGUACGUCAAAGAUUCUCUAAAAUAUAAAGUUGUAGAUUUGGCAACUGCAGCUACGGAUACUGAGCAUGCCACUCUAAGUUUCGAAGAUUUAUUAGAAAAAUUGAAGAGGAAUGGACAAACAGCCGCAGCUGAAGCAUUAGCUGCCGCAGCUUCACCUCCUAGAGAAAAUGCUCCAACUGCAGAAGGUGCUUCAACUACAGAAAGUGGACCAGCAGCAGAAGGAACACCAGCAGCAGAAGGUGCACCAGCAUCUGAGAGUGCACCCCCGGCAGAAGGUGCACCCCAAGCAGAAGUAGCUCCUCCAGCGGAAGUUUCACCAGCCGACGGUACACCAGUGCCGCCGACAGAAGCUACGCAAGCUGUAGAGGCGCCUGCUGAAUCCGAACCUGUCCCUGAUGCAGCACCAGCAGAAGCUACUGCGGAAGCCCCUAUAGACGCUGAAGCUGCCCCCACAGAGCCUGAACCGGCUAUUUCAUCGCCUCCCAUUAUAGAAGGUGAUGAUUUAAAUGAAGAUGUUUGUUAUGUUUCUUCAUAUCAUCGUUCUGUGUACCAAUCAUCUCAUUAUUCAUCUUUUAUUUCUAAUAUAAGUUGAUUUUUCUGUUUUCAUGCCAUCAUUUCAAUCAUCAUUUUUUUUGGUAAGUAAACUUUCUCAUUUUAACUAAUAUGGUAUAAGGUAAUAUAUUUCAAUAUUCUUUUAAUUGAAAUUCAUAAUUUAUCAAAGAAACCGUGAAAAGUAAUUAGCAACGCCCACUAUCCUAAUAUACAAUACAUUUUGAUUAAAAUAUUACGAGGUGGGUAGGAAGAAUCUCUUUAAGUUAAUAUGUGGGUAAUAACAUAAAAAUUAAUUUGUUUAAGACCGCCAACGUAUAAAAUUUAAGCAUUAGAAGAAGUGAUUCACAUCCCAAAAAACCUGUUCAAUAAAUUAGCUCAAUAAGAUCCUGAAUAUAAAAUUUGAAUUGUAAAUUAAAUGAAAUUGUACUGCAUUUUAACUUGUAUCUGCUUAAUGAUUGAAUAUGAUAUAUACUAACAAUCUUUAUUCAAUCAAACUAUAAUAAAAAUAGAAAAUAAGGCCGAUAUUCUGAUGUUUAAUGUUUAUUUAUUAUAAAUUAAUAACUCUCAACUAUAAACAAUAAUUUAUUAUAUAAGAAAAGAAAAAAUACACAAGUGUGAAUGUAGUGAAGUUCUAGCUGACUGAAAUUACAUGUUUAUAGGAAAUUCACUUUUCCACGAGUUGCGUACUCCAUUUUCCUACGGCUACUGACGAAUUGCACUAAUUCUUGUUGAUAUUUUUCUUGUUCAAAUUACUAUCCCCGCAUAUAUGCAAAAUUCACAUUGUACAGAAAAGUGUGGUGAUUGUUAACGUUAUUUCAAAAUGAACACCCAUAUCGUUGAAAUAUUCAUAUUUUUCACUUUAUACGCGUUUUUACACAAGUGCGGAAAUAUUUCUUUGUGUUUCAAAUUUAAUGUUUCCUGGGGAUAUAAAUGGUGUGAAAUCUAUUAGAGACGUAUUUGGUGAAAUCAUUCUGAUUAUGUUCUACAAGAUUUUGUCCUCAGCUACAACUACUAUAUCGACCUAAUUAACUUUGAGAGAUAACAGGAUUUCUAAAGUAAAACCCAGCAGCCUCUUGAAAUUUUUGUUGCCGAAUUGAAAAACGUAUACUUUGGUAAUAGUUUCUAAUAGUAUUGCAAACAUCUGAAUAAUGUUUAAGGUGGAUAUUUGGGAACAUCCCUCGGAUAACAACAUUCACGUUGGCAAGCAAAUUCGGCAAAAUAUUUUGUUGAAAGUCUACCUACUAAUUGGUCAUUUAUGAUACCAAUCCAUACGUUAACCGAAAACCCCAAUUGGGAACGACAUUCUCGAAUAGCAUGGGGAUUUUCUUCUCUCCAAACAAGUGAAUUACGGGAAUUAUUUAUCUCGUCAUAAAUUGGGAUUUAUCUGUAAAUAAUGUCCUGUUCAGCAUUGGUCGAUGAUUGUUAAUUAAUAUACAAAUUUCCAACCUAAGGAUUCAAUCUUGUAGGAUAUAGUCGCUGAACCAUUUGAAUAUGAUAUGGAUACAGAUUAUUUUUUUGUAAGACUCGACCUCCUUUAGAGUUCUCGACUUACGUCUAGUGUUCGUAACAGCGUCAAUAAUGUCAUCUUCCUGCGCUUCAUCUACAUGUCGUUCUCCUCUUUACUCGUUAUUGACUGUCCAAGUGAUGUUAAACUCGUGUAAACGUAAAGAAAUGAGUAACUAGUUUCAUGAAAAUUCAUAGUACUGAUCUAGCUUUUGUAAUAAGAUUUUUAAACUGUUCAAAUGUCUUUGUAGUCUGACUCAAUGGAAACAGUGAUUAACGGUUUUUGAGAUAAUCGGCGAAAUUAACUCAUCAAUAUCAGUGGGGAAUGUCGUUUUAUCGAAAUUUUUCUAGAUAAAAGUACAGGGACGGCUCUAGGACUAGAUUUGUUAUAAUUCAAUUAGGCAAGCAUUUUCUCUGGUAGUUAUAUCUAUUCCGUAACAUACUGUAAUUGUAAAAAACAACCUGAUUGUUUCUUUAUACAGAAGAACUUGAGAAAAAAUGACUUUGAUAGAAGCACAUGAAGUUAUAAAAUUUGGUCUUCUGUGACUCUGUGGGCUUUUGGGCAUGUGUUUGAUAUUAGAUUAUAUAAACCAAGACAAGCAUUUUCAUAAAUAAAUAUUUACUUUCACACAUAACAUUCGGUAAUCGUUUUCUAUACUUCAUUCGAAGUUCAACAACAAAUUUUAUUCUAACUUUUAUUAAUUUUUUACAGCUGCUGCUUAACUUUUAGAAUCCUAAGAAAACAACUGCGAUGUAAGGAAAUAAUUAGGAAAAAGUUUUUUGUUAAAAAAUAUUUUUCUUGGAUGUAUUUAUGUAAUUUAUUAUUGUGUCAAUUCAAGUUUAUGUAUUGUGCAGCGUUAUUUGAUGUAUUCCAUAUAAAGCAAUUUAGUCCUGGUUAUAUUAUACCGAUAACUAAUGACCUGUAUAACACUCAUUUUAUUGUGACAAUAAAAUAAUUUAGUUACUUU